AUGACUUUGGGAGCUCCUACCGUGAGUUCAACAACAGCGGCGUUCCUAGCGAAGAGUGGUUUCCCCUUGGAAGGUACCGGCGUUGAGCGUGUGUACAACUCAGAGGUUGAGAUGGAGGACGAAGAGAUCACUACGAGUGAGUCUGAAAAGGAACCCCAGCAGCUGGAGAACAAGGUCAAGGUCUUGCGGUAUGCCCUGGAGCAAGAAGGAAAGGACUACCCGGACAAGUACCAGCAGCUUGUGGAGGAACGUCUUGAAUGGGGACAGGCGUUGCUACGUGAACGUGAUCGCAGAGAUCUACGGCGAGUUGCCAAAGUAUCACCAGGAGAAGCUGGGGAUUAUGAAGUGGAAGAAAUACUGGGCGGACUAUGUGGGCCACUAGAGGUAGUGCACAACGUGAGUUUACCAGAAGCACGUCGCCACCUUGACAAAUGGAAGGCUGCAAUCUUGAAAGAGGUCGAAGCUUUGGUCAACAGCGGUACGGUAAGAAGAUUAUCGGCCGAACAAGCAAGAGAACUCAAGAAGCAGGGCAUGGUCGUUUUGCCGGGCAAGGCGGUCUUUACGGCAAGGCCCCCAAGUGAUCAAGGAGGAGACGAUGCAGAAAAGUUCCGGCGUAAAUGUCGGAUCGUUGUAUGCGGCAACUACCUACCCAGUGACAAGGCCAAUGUGUUCGCGUCAGGAACUUCGGCAGAUGGGCUUCGAGUUUCGGUGGCAUUUACAGUGUUCAAAAGGUGGGCUGCAGCGGCCACAGACAUAUCUAACGCCUUUACUUUGGCUCCGAUGCCAACGGAUAGGUUGUUUGGCAUGACGCCGCCCGCUAUAGUGACAGCUGCAGGAGGAGCUUCGCCUGGGGAAACCUGGGUAAUCCAACGGGUCUUGUACGGCUUGAGAGAAGCACCCAGGUGGUGGGGAGUGUUCAGGAAUGAGCGCAUGGCAAAUGCAAGGAUUCCGUUUGGAGAUGAGGUGAUUAUCCUCGCGUGCCUCGAGACCGAAGAAAACAUAUGGAGAAUAUACUUUGAAGGGUGUUCGGACAUCCAAGGAAUACUUCUGAUCUACGUCGACGAUCUGCUUCUGCUGUCGAUGCCGGGAAUCAUAGAGACGAUUUACCAAUGGUUGACAGCGGAAUGGAAGUGUUCACCACUACAGUGGAUGGAUCAAGAAUACCUUCGUUUCCUUGGUGUGGAACUGCGGACAAUGGGAAGUGGAAUACACGUUUCACAGGUUGGCUCAAAAGGCGACUGGGGAAUUACUAUGGCUUUCGACGAGGUCGCGACCGGAGUUGGCUCACCCUGUGGCUUGUAUGGCGGCAAGGGCGACAAGGACAAUUCCGAGGGCAAGUGGAUCAACGUCAGGUGCAUUUCGUUCAAGGAUGUCAUGGACUACGGAAUGCGCAUAGACCAGCAAAGGCCUGUAAAAGGCAAGGAGGUUAUGAGCCCAAGUGGCAUUGCUGCGCAAGGGCGUGAGACAACACAGAGGCGUUCGCAGAUGCUGAACGGAGUUGAUAGGGUUGUGGGUCCGAGCCAAGGAGUUGAUCAAGAUGACGGUGCUUUUAGGCAGGCCUUGGAAACCGGAUCGGGCGCGACGUCUAUGAACACCGGACCGGGCGCGACAGCAACGAAUGCUGCGACUGGAAUAUCGGCAACUGCGGAUGGGAGUUCUCCUAUUGUACCAACGGGUGAAAUGAUGACGUCGGUGGGCAGUGGUCAAGCAGAGGUUUUUACUACGGCUACAGAGAUUGAGGGCCGAAGUCGCGAUCCCCCGCUACUACCACAUGCAGCGGUGGAACAUGGUGUGCCUACGAAUGAGGGCGAUUCUAUGUUCUACAACCGCGGCCCAGAGAGCUGGACAGAAUGCAAGUUCUACGGCUAUGAGGUGGUUUUCACGACUAGGCCAGGAAUUGAGGCGACUGUUCUUCAUGAGACGGUAUGGUCUCCAAGCCGAGCGCGGACUACGGCGGAGGCAGCGCCGGAGUCCGAGUCAUCGGGUUCGUACUCUCGCGAGCAACUGGAAGCUGAGGAAAAUCAGCGUCUUCGUCAACAGGUGGAGCGCCUCAGCAGAGAGGCGGCACAAGGCAGGGAGACUGAUCGACGGCAGGCAAUCCUCCUGGACUUUCUGGACACGAUCGCGAACAUGGGGGACAACAGGGAAUUCCUUCAGGUGAAGAGCUUGGGCGGUAUGGAGUACCUGAAGGUAAUCCUGCUGGACUUCCGAGACACGAUCGCGAACAUGGGGGUCGGCCUGGUGUCGAGCAAGGACGGUCAAGGUCAAGGAGCCAACAAGACCACGCCGAGUACGAAUCCCAUGGAGGCGCUGAUGCAGGGCAUGUCGCAGUUGCAAGCAGCGAUGGCGAUGCAGAUGGGUAUGGCAGCAAACAAGCCAGAAGUGAUACGACCAGGGGUUAGUGGAGCCGAGCUACCCAAACUACCUGAAGCUGAUGAGCAAGCGGCCAUAAAUGUUGGGGAUUGGCUUCAUGGUUUAGCAGGCCCUAUGGGAGAUCUGACGGAUGGCAGCUCGAGAUGGUGGUCGGAGGUUUUAGUGUCACUCGACAACUUUUACCGGGACUAUGUGGCGGCGUCGACGGUAAAGAAGGUGCAGAUGAAAGCUGAGGACUACGCGACGGCCGAGCUGAGGGACGUCAAAUGGACGCGGUUGGAUAAGAGAGCGGCGAGUAUGCUGUUGCAAGCUGUACCGGAUGGACUCAAAGCGGAAUUGAUGGCGAACCGCUUGAGCUCUACCAUAUCUAUCUUGGGAAGGAUCCUUACGAUCUACCGUCCGGGUUCAGCUGCAGAACGACAACAGGUACUACGAGCUUUGGAAAAUCCAGGUGGCGGGAACUCACCGAGCGAGCUAGUGGAGGUGCUACGAAGGUGGAUGAGAUGGCUGAAGCGGGCACAAGACCUAGGACUUCAAGUACCAGAUGCAAGUAUCCUCUUGAAAGGCCUGGACACAGCCACCAAGCAUCAACUGGAAAGGAACACGGAAAUCGUGUUUCGCAGCAACAUGUUGCGCUACAGUCUGGACCUAGAUGCGUCGCCAAGUAUCACCAACGUUCUCCGCUACCAUGGACACCUGUUAGCAGAGUUUGAACAACUGUCGUUCAGAGGGAGAUCCCGCACAGGUGGUCCUACGUUGCCUACGGUGAAGAAUGUUAGCACGCCUAACGAAACAGGCGCUGGAAACACACCGAAGACCGGCACGUCCCCAACUACGGGAACUUCUUCGAAGCCCUGCAAGUUCUUCCUCUCGGAUACCGGCUGCCAACGGGCAGCUUGUCGAUUUCUUCAUGACUGGCAAGGAGUACCAAGAGAGGAUCGCUCGGACAAGUGCAAGAACUGUGGGGCCAAGGGACAUAUGAAGAAGUUUUGUCCGUUGAAGGGUUCUGAGGGGAAUCGUCGGACAGAGGAGGCAAGACCUUCCGGACCUCCCAGGAUAAAGAACGUCAGCCAGGAAAAGCGCGAAGAUGGAACCAUACCCACUGGAGAGGCUCCUGCAACCUCAAGUGGCUCGGCAGCGGCAUCCUCAAGCUCUACGACUCCUCCUACAACAAUGACUAUCCCGAGUUCUACUUCGCCUACGACAAUGCCUAGCAAUGAGGAGUUCUUACGCAAUGCCACUCAGAUCCUUAAGAUGAUGGCCGAACAAAGUUCGAUGUCCACGACAAUGCCAUCUACGAAGAUGCUUCAAAAGGCAGUGACAGAGAUGGAAGCAAAAAUGGCACUGGUGGAUUCGGGAGCAACACAUCCUCUACGACAAGUUACGGUUCCGGAGUGGGAUACUUCCAAUGAAGUGGACGUGCUGAUAGCGGGGGACGGCGUGGCACGGAUGAGACAGAAUGACACCGGAACUGUGCUCACGGCACCGACAGCACCAAGGACGCAAACAAUAUUGCCGGUUGGAGGACUGGUGUCGAUACUGGGCUACGAGCUUGUCUGGACAAAGAAGAAAUGUGCACUGAGAUCUCCAGAGGGCCGAGAGAUUCCGCUAAGAGUUACAAGCGGAUGUCCGGAAAUCAAUGAGGCUACAGCUUUGGAGUUGAUCGGGAAGAUCGAGGAGGAGAAGUUGCAACAGCUUGAAGGCUGGGAACAAUGGGAAUCCAGUUUGCGGGAGUUCGUGGACAAGGGGAAGUUUGAGGAUGGGUUUCGGGCAUUGGUGUCUAUGCCAUGGUUGAAGAAUGUUCCGCGAGAAGACCUGGUCAAGGUGGUUAUGGACAUGCCAAGAAGCGACGAGGAGGCGUGGGGCCUGAUGAAGCAAUGGGGAUGUAAUCGUCGUUUCCGAAAGCUGUUGGUCCACAAGGACUGGGUGGUCAAGUUGUAUAGCGGGCCCAAGGGACAGAUCGACAAGAUCUUUAGGUCGAUGGACUCCAACAACACCGUGGUGGUGGAUGUGGAUCUCGCAAGAGGACUUCAGAUGGACAUGUUGAAAUAUGAGGACGGCAUCUUCAGGCUACUAUUGUGGGGUGCUACAACCGGAAGGGUGGCUGCAACAAUGGCGGGGCUGCCCAACCAACACUCGGAUUUACAUCUUCUCAAGUUGAUGACCCUUACAGAAACCGCUCGAGAAGGGCGACGGCGCAUAUGUGAGGCGUCGGACAUCCCCAACGACGGUGUGGCCACCACUAUUUGGGGCUCUUCGGAGGUGGAAGAGAAUCCAAGUGCCAGGGCCCUACAGCGGGGAUGGGUGAAGCAAUGGGUGGCGGAAACCGGUUUCAACAGGCUCUACUUCGAUCAGGGUGGUUUGGGACAUCCUCUACGACAACCUACAUCGAUGAUUACCAAUAUGGACAUUACGGAGCUACGAGGAGUUCGUGAUGAGCGGACAAAGGAAGGAGAGGAGAUUUACCAGUUUGCAUGGGCACCUAUGAUGGCACACAUACUGGUACGAGGGUGGAAACGGUGGAAGCAACGACCGGGAUGGUAUUCUCAUAUGGUCAAGGCACUGAGGGCGGUGGACAGGAAGGCAUGGGAAAGACACCUGGCCAACGACCAUGUACCACAUAGACCCGAUUGCCUUCAGUGUAUUCAUAAUGCAACGGGCCGACCACACCGAAGGUGUUUACACAAGGACUGUUAUGUCAUGAGCGCGGACACACUGGGACCAGUGAGAGUGCCGGGACCGAAGGGGGAGAAGUAUGCCAUCGUGUUCACUUUUCAGUACCCGAAGCAGAAACAGUGCCCAGAAGAUACUCCAAUCUCCGAAGAAGACCUAGUUGGAUGGGAUCUGGAUGUGGAGGAACCUAAGGACAGCCGCCCUGUAUAUGAAGAAGAUGGAAAAGAGAACUUGUUUGAUGAGGUGGACUUCGAGGAGUAUGAGCCGAGUGUUGUUGAGGAAGCUGAGAAUGAGGUUGAAGCCAUCUACGGUGACGUGGACAUUGAAGAACCCGCCCUACGGCCAGUUCGUACAAAGGAGGAGACACUCAAGGAGGACUGGUGGGAGUUUAGAGAAGCAGCUGGAGUGUUGAUUCGUCACCAUGAAGUACCUCGCAAGAUGUUAUUUCGUCCUACAUCAACGAAUGGUUGCCCGGUACAUACAGCAAGGCUAGAGGACACUCGAGUUACCGAGAUCAAGUACCAAGGCGGAGGUGUUGAAACAGAGAUUUCGGACUGGCAUGGACCUAAGUCUGGAACCAGGAGCUUGGGAUCGUGUUGGACGGGAACUACGAGGUUUCGGAUCUCCAACGCGGAGGUUCCUGAGGAUGAAGAAGUACUACAACAAGACGAAGAUCAAUGGGAGAAGCUUAUUGGUGAUUUGGUUAAGCCGGUGGAGAUGGAGACAAUCUACAUGGUGUAUCCAGUGCGAUCGAAGCGAGGAGGAGACGCAAUGGUUGCCAUCCAAGAAGCCGUGCUAAGGCUGAAACUUCUGGGAUUCCCAGUGGCUAGACUGCACACGGACAGAGGUUCCGAAUAUGCUUCACGAGGACUACGGCGAUGGUUGCUCGAUCACGACAUCUACCACACCAGGAGCGAAGCUCUAGUUCCCCAAACGAAUGGAGCUGCUGAAAGGGGGGUAAGAUGGUUCAAGACAAGAGCGAAGGUUCUGUUAGCCGAGGCGGGAGUCAACGUGAAGUACUGGACGCUGGCGAUGCAGCAUGCAGCUAAUCGGCGAAUACAUGAUCGCUUGGGUUUAUCCAAACCUAUGCUUCUACCCUUUGGAAGUGAUGUGAUGAUUAGGAGGAAAGUGUUCGGCAACAACAAGAAGUAUGACCUGACCGAUCGUUGGGAAGAAGGAAAGUAUUUGGGGAUGUCGGACACCAUCAAGGGCGGGGCUAUUGUUCUACGACCUUCUGGACUGCUUACAGAGACGCUGAACCUCAGGACCGGGGUUGUGGAUCCAAGGGUGCUGUUGUCGGCGGAAAAAGAUGAAGGAGGUGGAGCGCUGUGUGAUGGAGAAAGUCCCAUUGUAGAUCUACCUGAACCCGAUCAUCGCUUGAAGGGGAAGGAGACGCCACCGAACUUAGCAAAGUUGGAAGUAUACAAUGAGGACAAGCCCGUUGCCAGUGGUUGGAAGAUGAAGUCAAUGAUUGAUCGACAAGAACAACGAGCCAAGCUUUAUUAUGAGAUGGGUAAGUUUGACUUGAGUUCGUGUGCCCAGGUUCUGGAGGAUGUAGACACUCUGGCAAAGAUGAAGUACAAGACCAGAGGGAUGCAGUCAACGUCCAUUAUUCUGGGGGCCUAUGUCCACGGUGGAAUGAGAGGCGUUACCAAAGCGGGAAAGCGCCGACCCCACUUGACAAAGUAUCUCAAUAUGGUUCUACGAAUGCGCGUGGCAGAGGACUUGGGGGAGGAUGGGAGCUGGACGACUAUAGGGGUCUUUAAGGCUGCAGAUAUACCGCCUCAUCGUGACCUACGGAAUCACGCGGGAUCGUGGAACUAUGUAGUGGAGGUUGGGACCAAGUCCAAGGGAGGUUUAUGGGUGGCCAACGGCAACACUGAACCUACUAUUCGAGGAGGAGAAGGACUUCAACCUUUGGCGCGGGAACAACCGGAUGGUAAGAUUGUGUACGGCAACCUGGUGGAUAUCGGAGGUAGAGCUGUGGCGUUCAAUGCAAAGGAACUACAUGCAUAUCUUGUGCAAGAACCAGAAAGAUGGGUGAUAGCAGCGUUUACUCCUUUGUCAUAG